AGAAGAUAGUAAAGUAAAGACAUAUUAAAUGUCAAAGUUGUAGUGAAAUAAAAGGAACAUCUAAAAAUACAAAACGAGUGUUAUUGCAAACUUCUUUAAAUUUUGGGAUAAAUUGAUGCAAAAGCUAAAGUAAAAUUCCUCUACAAAAAAUAUGAACAGAGCUGAAACAGAUUCUACCGCAACCGCAACAACAAUUCGACAACAAAUUUUCCCCACUUUACAAUGUCAGCAGCCAAUACCAACAAUCCCCCAUUUGAUGCCAACUCCUUUGCCAACACCGUGGAAUCUUAAUACAAUGCCGUGGAAAUUAGCUAGUACAAAUUUAGGACAAGAUGGUGUAAUGCAGUUCAGCGCCCAAGUCAACGAUGAAGUACACAGCAGAGCAAUUCUCCAUCAAAAACGUAAAUCAGAAGAAGAAAGCUUGUUACCAGUCAAACAAUUUAUUUCUGAAGAAAAAAUUACCGCACAUUUCAAUGGAUUACACAUCUCUAGUGAUUAUAUUGGGAAUAAUUCAAAUGCCUGUAGUAAUUCUAUGUUAGGUGAUGAUACACCCAGUACCAGUACUGGUAAAUGUUUUACUAAUCUCACCUACAAAGACUAUCAAGUAACUGCUAAGGAGUUGGAAGAAAAAUUGCGCAAAGCGAACAGGAUAACUUUGUGUGAGCAGUUAAAAAAAUUUAAUGAACAACAACGUAAAACUACCUUUCUACCAGAAGCGCUUUUUAAUAGAAUUGAAAAGCCGUGUACUGCUUUGGUUCUAUGGCAACCUCCACCAGUGUUAGAAUUACUGCAUCGUAAAAGAGAAAAUGAAUUGACACCACCUAGUACUGAUAGUACAAGUGCUGACAGUUUUGGUACUGCUGACACCAUAGACGAGGGCGACGAAUUCUCUGAUCACGAGCUAGAAGAUAUAGACGACUUUGUCGACAAUAAUAACACGUGUCGUUUAGAUUUUAAUAACAUGAAAGCUGAUCGUAUGGAUGAAGAUUUGUAGUAACACAAAUAAUAGAUAUAUUUACCAUAGCUUCUAGGUGGAUAAAAUUCUCUGAUUUCGUACGCUAACAUAAUAAUGAAAUACAUAAUUUUUAAGAGUGAGUCGUGGUACAAAGUUCUCAGCUGUUUUGGUACUGAAAAAUAGCUAUGAGAAUAAAAUAGUUUUUUAUAAUAAUGCAUGAAUAGUAUGAAUGAGCCUUUGAACCUUAAUUAAUUUUUUUAAGCAUAACAUGGAUUAAUUUUUCCAACACAUACUAAUAUAAGUCAGGAAUAUUGCUCAAAAUAAUUUUAUUGUUACAAAAUGUACGAAAGCAUUGAUUGGCAUCAAAUGUUAAAAAACUGCGACUCUAUGCACGUUUCAACAUUUGGCACUAAUAUUUUUUAUUGUAUUUAUUUCGCUAAAAACAUGUAAUAAUAAAUAUUGUAUGUACGUUUAAAGAUA